ACGUAUUCGCUGGUCUCCGCGGUACAAUGUGUCCCAGAUUCCUAGAAAAACGAAUGAGAUAAGAACUAAUUUCUUUUCAGAUACAACAAGAAUCAGUGACUCAUCGACAUCGAUUUGUUGUCUAAUUGAUCAUUUCUCACUGAGUGAAAUUUUAUUAAAUUCAGCUUAAGAAAUUAAAUACUUCGGGAAUUACUUUAGAUUUCGACGUCAGUGAAAUAAUAAAAAAAAAAAACUAAAAUAGGUGCAUUUAAAAUUAAUCAACAAUUUUUUAAAUCUUAUAUACAUGAAAGAUGCAACCAGAAGAAUCAAACUCGGUCAUUUUUAAUGGAAUUACGCGUCGGAGAUUGUGGGAAUUAUUGGGAACUGCUUGCGUCUUCCUGCUCGCACCUCUCAUCGUGAUCGCUCUAAUCUUUUUAUACAUUUAUCGCCGUUCGGUCGAGAUCGCGUUAAGAAUCCAGUUGCGGAGCAAGUUCGCCGGUCUUUUGAAAGGCGCGGAUUGCGUAUGGGCCGUUGAGGACGUUUCUCUAUCCGUUGUCAACAUCUUGAUGAUACUGGAGAAGGCCGCGCGGGACUCAAACGCGAUCUUCCUAGAGGCUUUCAGAAAUCUGAUAAACGAACGCAUUGUUUCGAAGGCCGCUGGCACGACGCUUGAGAAACUGUUCUACCUUCGAAGCCAGAAAUUCGGCUACUAUUUUUGGGAGAGAAGCGAGAAAGUGGACCUUAAAGACAGGAUCAGAUGGCUGGAAUGUGUAAACGCCAACUGCGACGGGUCCUGCGAGGAUAUCUCCAGCGAGUCCUUCAGAAAGACCUUGGAAAAUGUGUGCAAUAGACCGUUGCCCGAAGAUCACCGGGCCGCGUGGGAGAUUCUCGUCGGACGACGAUGCCCGAGGUCCAGAUCUCACGUCGAAGAGGGCCGCUUGUGUCCCGAGGAGUGCUUCAAUACCGACAUCCGAAAAAUUCCCGUGUUAUUUCGCGUUCAUCAUUCCCUGGGCGAUGGAGUGGCCCUUCUGGGCCUAUUACUCAAAACGAUCGCAGAGGAGGACGGGGGUGACAGGAAAGAGGCGAGAGUGAAGAUCAAGAGCAUCGCCUCGUCAGACGAGACUGAAGAACGUUUCAAAGAGAUCGUCCCGGCGUUGCACAAUUCGCAGAGGAGUUUCCAGCACGGGACGGAUGUUGUGCGAUUCUAUGAAAAGAAUAUUCUUGCUGCAUCGAUGCCAUUUACUUACGUAACGUUCUCACGAAUUGUGCAAGACUUACGAAAUCAUUUCCGUGCGUCGUCAAAGCUUCUCAAUAAUGUAACAAUCGAGUCGUUGAGACAGCAAGCAAAAAUGUCGAUCGAGCGUAUAUCGUUGAGUUUCAAAGUUAUCGUACUGAAACAACUGUACGGAAGAAUUAAAGAGGUCACGCGACUAACGAUGGCUUUACUUUCUUUUCCAAAAUUCUUCGUUCAACAAGCUGUUCGUAGCAUGGACGAAAACGCUCUGCAUGGUCCACCUCAAACGGGUGAAAAGAUAAUGUUUUACCGGCUAGAUAACGUGACGAAUGAAAAAUCAUUGAAUCUUUUGAUGAAAAUUCGCGAAAUAAGAAAAAAUACAGGUGCCAAAUUUGAAGAUGUAAUAUUGGCAGCUUUUUCCGCUAGUGUAUACAAAUACCAUUUACGCAUCCAGAAAACAGUUCCCGAUACGUUAACAGCUAUCUUGCCAAUAAGAAUGGCAAUGCCUGACGAAAAUUUAACAUUAGAUAACAAGUUUUCGAUUGCACUCUUGCGAAUUUGUAUCUCUAAUGUGAACGGGCAAACAAUCGAGUCAAGUCAGGAUUCUCAAUUUUUUAAGCGUCUUCAAGAUAUUACAAGAGCAAAUAAUGAGCUCAGAAAGAGUUCAGACAUUUUGCUUAAUUAUUGGUUCAUGAAGUAUCUAUCCGCGCUACUGCCGGUGAAAAUGUUGAAGGCUUCUCUUUUAAGUCACAGCACGAUGGCAUUUAGCAAUAUGCGCGGACCGGAAAAAGUUCGUAUUUUGAAUAACUCUUUGAGCAACAUUGCUUUCUGGAUACCAAACAAAAGUACUACUGCUCUUGGCCUAUCUCUGUUUAGUUACGGAGGCAAUUUACAACUGUCUUUAAUAGCUGAUAAGUCAAUCGUGAAGGACGAAACACUUUUAACGGAGCUAUUAGAAAAUACUGUACAUGAAAUAGAAACUGCUCAUAAUCAUGUUGUACUGAUGCGCCUAUUGAAACCAUCUGUUUUUCCGAUAGAAACAUCCGCGGAAAAUGAUAUUGGCGUGUUUCAAGAAAGAAAUAUGAACAACUGAAAUAUUUGAUCUCUUUUAGUAAGGUACUCUUAAAAUUAAUGCAUUUGUGUCAAGAGUAUAAAUUACUUUAAUAAAUUUACAUAUUAAGUAAUAUACGUUUUUUAUGGAAUCAUUUACACAGAUUAAUAAUCUAAUCUUUUUCAUAAAUUUGUUUAAAACUGUAUUUUGUGAAUAAAGUUUUUUCAAUCUAUA